ACCUAAGGGGCCAAACCAAAUCAUCACUUUGCCCUAGUCCUAAACUACAUAGGUAUAUAGCCUAUAUGCGAGAAACACUCCAAAAACGCUCACGGUGCCGGUAACCAACUCAUAAAGCAAAUUGAAUUCCUUUAGAACCUCUGGAAUCUGGAACCUCUCAUAUGUGAUACGCAAAGCUCGAAUUGCAGUCUGCAGAAGCUCGUUCCAGUAAUGAAUGACCUGUCAUCCCCGGGCCCAGGGCGGCCGCCCCUCUUGCCCAGGUUUCCGGUGUUAGCUGCAGAAGCAAUUCCACAGUUUCAAGAAGGCAUUUCAUUGGUCUUCUCACAAUGGUGGGCCCUUCAGAUGGCGGUCGAAAAUGGUGGGGGUGGCCCACACUCGCGCGAGAAAUCUCUCGAUUUCUCCUCUCGUAUUUUCGAGUUCUUCCACCAACCUGAUCGCAAAGAACCCAUAUACAUAGAUGAUUUAGAGAAUUUGUUAGUGGAAGGCAUGGAUGCUUUUCAUACCGAUGUCUACGACGGGAGCAUCGAGGAGGUGGCAGAGCAUUUGAUGAUUAUGCAUGAAGAGUGUUUGGGAGGUGACUAUCAAUCAAUUCAGAAAUUAAAGCAAGUGAAACCACUGUCUGGUACUCUUGUAAGAAAGGAUCCGAAUGAUAGUGAUGAUGAUGAUGAUGAAGAAGAAGAUGAAGAUGAUGAGAGCAUAGGGAAUGAUAAGGCAUCAAAUAUGAUGGUGGAUCUACCAGGGUCCUUGCCAAAUACCAAUGCUUCUCAAACUUCGAAGAACAGCAUACACCAGCAGAUGACAGAAGCUGAGGAUGGAUGGACAGUAGUUCCCUCGAGAAAGAGCAAGGGUCGAAAAAAUUAGCUUGGGACAUGAUGAUGCAUAUCAAGAUAUUGGAUGUCCUUUCCGUGUACCCAGUUUUGUUUUCCUUUGUCUUAUAUAGCAUUUAAUAUGAUGUCGAGUGUAUAGUAUUAUCUGGAAGUUGCUAUGUUUUAGUUCUCGGAGCAGGUGCCAGAAAGUAUUUCGCUACUUAGUCUUGCUAAAUUAGUCCACAAGUGUCGGAGUAUACUAUGCAUUCGCAUGUUGAGUAAUCUGGCUUAUAGACUAGUAUAGAAUGAGUUGAAUCGAAAUUAUGAAGAUUUUGCAAGUGAGUGAUUUAUUUUUAUUGGUAAGAUGCUCCUUGAUUAUGGACUUAAUUGCAGUGGUGUUUGGUAUAUAUCAUAUAUGUUGAAUGA